AUGGACCACGCCUUGUUCUACGCCAGCUCCAUUCUUGCGCACCGCCCCUUUAAGACAUGUCUGUGUCAGUCUGUGGACGAGGUAGCAGCAGGCACAGCGGGGGGUCCAUCCCUGCUGCGCCUCCUCUGCUGCGACACCGGCUCCGUGCUACACUCAGUGGUUUGUGAUAGGCCGACCACUGGCUUUUCUGACAUGAGCUCAACAUCCGCCGCCGAAGCUCAUUUGUUUGUCCAGAUGGAUCCCUGCGGAGAUCCAGAGGGAAAGCUCGUCUAA